AUGGACUCCGUAUCAGAAAAACUACAAAUAUUCCAACCGGUCAACGUAGAUGAAUCCAUUGCUCGAGAAGAAUGGCAUACGUAUCACCCGUUCACCAAAUCAUUUAAGAACAGCGAUGAGAUAGAAAUUGUUAUUAAUCAGCAGGAUGUGUUUAUGGAUAUUAGCCAGGCUGAAUUAUACAUUGAGGCCAAAUUUUUGGAAGAAGUAUCGACAGUUGUGAAAACAGGAAAAUGUUCCCUGACAAAUAACGUUGGAGCAUUUCUAUUUGAAUCGAUAACGUAUGAAUUGAAUGGAAAAGUAAUCGAUAAAGUACGAGAUCCAGGGCUUAUAAGUACCGUUAAAAGUCUUUUGUGUCUCAAUCAAAAUGAAAGUACUGCCCUUGAUGUGGCGGGAUGGAAUUGGCCGAACGGUACUGUGAAAUCAUAUGAACCACAAACGGAUAAUUUCAGUCUCCUAAUACCAUUGAAUUUCCUAUUGAACGUCUUCUCCGAUUAUACUAGCGCUAUUAUGGGAACGCAGAAAUUAAAGCUUGUACGUGCCAAAAAAGAUGAUAAUUGUUAUGUUAAUUCAGAGGGAAACAAGAAAGCAGACAUCACCAUUUUGAAUAUCGAGUUAAGAGUAAAACAUAUCUACCCGAACGAUUCUGUGAAAUUAAAAUUGUUUGAAGCAAUUUCCAAGGACAAACCGGUAUUUAUUGGAUUUAGGAAAUGGGAAAUUCAUGAACUACCUGCUCUACGACAAGCGAGAAAAGAUGUAUGGACAGUGAAGGCAGCAUCUGAACGAGCGAGAUAUGUUGUUGUAUUCUUCCAAGAAGAUCGAAAAGAUAACUAUAAAGCUGAUGGCACAUAUUUCGAUAAUUUGAAAAUUACAGAUGUCAAGCUUUAUCUAAAUUCCGAGGCCUACCAUAUGAAUCCCUAG